AUGGUGAUAUUGAACCUUGGAAAGAAGCAGAUUAACAAGUUGGAAAAUGAAGGAGUGAGACUAGGGAAAUAUGAAUUGGGUAGGACUCUUGGUGAGGGCAAUUUCGGUAAAGUAAAGUUUGCUAGGAACACUGAUUCUCAACAACCUUAUGCUAUUAAGAUUGUUGACAAGAACAAGAUCAUUGAUCUCAAUAUUACCAACCAGAUAAAGAGGGAAAUAAGUGCCUUAAAGCUUCUAAGGCAUCCCAAUGUUGUUAAAUUAUAUGAGGUAUUGGCUAGUAAAACAAAAAUUUGCAUGGUACUUGAGUAUGUGACAGGACAAGAGUUAUUUCACAAAAUUGCUUCCAAGGGUAAACUUAAUGAAACUGAAGGUAGAAAGUUGUUCCAGCAGUUGAUUGAUGGUGUCAGCUACUGCCACAGCAAAGGUGUCUUCCAUAGAGAUAUCAAGCUUGAGAAUGUACUUGUGGAUGCCAAAGGAAAUUUGAAGAUAACUGAUUUUGGCCUUAGUGCUUUACACCAACAAUUUAGGGAAGAUGGGUUGUUGCAUACAACAUGUGGAAGUCCAAAUUAUGUUGCACCGGAGAUUCUUGCUAAUAGGGGCUAUAAUGGUGCAUCAUCAGAUGUAUGGUCAUGUGGUGUUAUCUUGUAUGUAGUUCUAACAGGAUAUCUACCUUUUGAUGAUAGAAAUCUUGCAGUUCUCUAUCAGAAGGUUUCGAAAGGAGAUUGUCAGAUAGCGAAAUGGUUAUCAUCUGGUGCACAAAACAUUAUAAAGAGGAUUCUUGAUCCAAACCCUGAAACCAGAAUAACAAUGGCGGGGAUCAAAGAAGACUUGUGGUUCAAGGAAGGAUAUAAUCAAGCAGAUCCUGAGGACGAGGACGAAGAUGUAUAUGUUGACAAUCAAGCUUUUUCCGUCAACGAAUUGACAAAUGAAGAAGAAAAAAAGAGUUCGGAAUCUCCAAUCUGUAUCAAUGCAUUUCAGUUGAUAGGGAUGUCUUCAAGCCUAGACCUGUCUGGAUUAUUUGAGAACGAGGAAGUAUCCGAGAGGAAGAUAAGGUUUACAACUAACCUGUCAGCCAAAGAUCUGACGAAGAAGAUUGAAGAUUCCAUGACAGAAACGGAAUAUAGAGUUCAAAAGAAAAACGGCAAAAUAAAAGUGAUACGAGAAAAUAAGGAGCAUAAAACCCCUGGCAGCCUCUCGGUGACAAUAGAGCAGGUUUUUGAAAUAAGUUCAUCGUUGUAUGUAGUAGAGAUAAGAAAGUGUUAUGGAGAUGCUUCUGUAUAUAGACAGUUAUGCAAGAAACUAUUAAAUGAUCUUGGGGUUUCCCAAGGAAAGCACUAG